AUUCAGAGAGGUUGUUCUACAGUACUGUGUACAGCUACACGAGACGAGUACCAGUGUUGUUUAAUAUCAUGGGCGGGAGCUCUGCUUCUCCCACAAUCUACACACAAUAAUUCAGCCCUGGGAAAAUACGCUGGGAAAACAGCAAUAAUGUGGAUAUUCAGGAUUGCAGCUCUUACGAUAUUUAUUGAUUUGCACGCCCUGGCACAAAAUCCUGAUCACAAUGAUGUGUGUACUGAGGGGAGUUGCUACCCCGCUACGGGUGAUCUGCUGAUUGGGAGAGCACAUCGACUUAAAGUCUCUUCCACCUGUGGACUGAAGUGGGAAGAGUCAUUCUGCGUUGUGGGCCAGUUAAAGACACAUGGCGAAAAAAAGGAAGAUGAAUGUUUUAAAUGCGAUUCCAGACGGAUAUACAAUGAGUUUACAAGUCCCAACAGCCAUACUAUUGAGAAUGUGGUGACAGGCUUUACUCCUAACCGCCUUAAAACCUGGUGGCAGUCUGAGAACGGAGUUGAAAAUGUGACCAUUCAGGUGGAUUUUGAGGCUGAAUUUCACUUCACACACCUCAUCAUGACUUUUAAGACGUUUCGGCCUGCCGCCAUGGUAAUUGAGCGUUCGGCAGAUUUUGGCCAGACCUGGCAGGUGUACCGUUACUAUGCCUACAUUUGCGAAGACACGUUUCCACACGUCCCAAAAGGGCCAAUCAGAAAAGUGGAUGAUGUCAUUUGUGACAGCCGUUACUCUGACAUUGAGCCGUCAUCAGAAGGAGAGGUCAUUUUUAGGGCACUUGAUCCUGCAUUUGAGAUCCCUGACCCUUACAGCCCACAAAUUCAGAGUCUUUUAAAGAUCACAAACCUGCGCGUACGAAUGUUGAAGCUACACACUCUAGGUGACAAUCUGUUUGAUGAUCGAGAGGAGGUGCGACAGAAAUAUUAUUACGCUCUUUACGACAUGGUCGUCCGUGGCAACUGUUUCUGUUACGGCCAUGCCUCUGAAUGUGCGCCAGUCGGCAAUGAGCCAAGAGAUGAGGGCAUGGUUCAUGGUCAUUGCAUGUGUAAUCACCACACGACUGGACUGAACUGUGAGGUGUGUAAGGACUUUUACCAAGAUCUGCCCUGGAAACCAGCGGAGGGAAGCAACACAAAUGCAUGCAAGAAAUGCGAGUGUAACCGCCACGCAGAUUCCUGUCACUUUGACAUAGCAGUGUAUCAUUCAUCUGGGAACGUGAGUGGUGGUGUUUGUGAUGAUUGUAAGCACAACACGCAAGGUCAAUGGUGCGAGAGCUGCAAACCCUUCUAUUACAAGCACCCUAAGAGAGACAUCAGAGACCCCAACAUCUGUCAACCUUGUGACUGUGACCCCACGGGCUCCCUAAAUGGAGGCUUAUGUGACAGCGCUACAGAUGUACUGAGAGAUACGAUUGCCGGACAGUGUCGUUGCAAACCUAAUGUUGAGGGACAACGCUGUGACCAGUGUAAAAAGGGACAUUACGGCCUUAGUGAUAACCCACUAGGCUGUCUGCCUUGCAGCUGUAACCCUCUAGGCACCCUCUCAGCAGGAUCUCCCUGUGAUAUACAGACAGGAAGCUGUUAUUGCAAACGUCUUGUCACUGGACAAAACUGUCACCGGUGUUUGCCUGAGCACUGGGGUCUUAGUCAUGAUAAGGACGGCUGCAGACCAUGUGACUGUGACAUUGGCGGGGCUUUGAAUAAUAAUUGUUCUCAAGAGACAGGACAGUGUGUAUGUAAGGAGCACAUGUUUGGCAGACGUUGUGACCAGGUGCAUUCUGGGUACUACUUCGCUGGAAUUGACUUCUACACUUAUGAAGCAGAGGACGCUUCUUAUGGGCCGGCAGUGAAAAUAGUCGAAAGACAAUUCCCCCGGGAUCGUUUACCCACUUGGACAGGUAGAGGAUUUGUGAAUGUACCAGAGGGAGAAACACUGCGCUUCUACAUUUACAAUUUCCCGCAGUCUAUGGAAUACAAUUUAAUGAUCCGCUAUGAACCACAGUUGCCUGAUGAAUGGGAGCAAGUUGAUGUGUUUUUGGAGCGCCCCACCACUGGUUACCCAUCAGCCCACUGCACUUCUACAGAUAAUGAUGAACAAAGCGUUUCACUGCAUCCUGGAUCCAGAUAUGUGGUUGUUCCUGAUUCAUUGUGUUUGGAAAAGGGUCAAAACUACACAGUGAAAAUUGACUUUCCACUGUACUCAUCAUACAGCUACCACUCAGCUCCACACACACUUGUUGAUUCAAUAGUGCUGCUGCCAGUUGUGCAAGAUCUGGAGGUGUUUUCUGAGGAGUUGAAGCAGCAGGAGGACUGGGAGAUGUUUCAGAAGUACCGCUGUAUGGAACGCAGCAUGAGUGUUAUUAAAACCCCAAUGACGGACAUUUGCAGAGACUACAUUUUCAGCAUAUCUGCACUAAUGCACAACGGAGCUCUUGAAUGUAAAUGUGACCCGCGGGGCUCUCUGAGCUCUGUUUGCGACUCUAGCGGUGGCCAGUGCGAGUGUCGACCCAAUGUUUCAGGCAGGAAUUGUGACAGCUGUGCUCCUGCAACCUAUCUGUUCGGACCCUCAGGAUGCAGAUCAUGUGACUGUGACCCGGUAGGCUCUCAGAACCCUUUCUGUGAUGUCACCACGGGGCAGUGUUUGUGUGUGCAAGGGGCAUAUGGACGCCAAUGUGCCAACUGUAAACCCAACCACUGGGGUUUUCCUCAGUGCAAACCCUGCUUCUGUAAUGGGCACAGCGAGCAUUGUCACCCACGUACGGGCGUGUGCCUGAACUGCAGAGGCUACACCACAGGCCACCAGUGUGAGAGCUGUGCGAUUGGUUACCAUGGCAAUGCUUUGCUGGGCUCUUCUGAGCCAUGUCGUCCCUGUAUGUGCCCUGACGGACCGGGGAGUGGCAGGCAGUUUGCUGACAGCUGUUACCAAAAUCCAAACUCUGAUCAUUUGGUCUGCGUCUGUAACUCAGGCUACAAAGGAUCUAGGUGUGAUGAAUGCGCUUCUGGUUAUCAUGGUAACCCUCAGGUGCCAGGCGGGCGGUGCAGUCCUUGUCAGUGUAACAAAAAUAUUAACAUGCAGGACCCUAAUUCUUGCGAUGCCCGCACUGGUGUCUGUCUCAAAUGCCUGUUUCAUACCGAUGGGGAUGCUUGCCAGUAUUGUAGUCGUGGUUACUAUGGAGACGCCCUUACACAGAAUUGCAACAAGUGUAUGUGCCAUCACGUGGGCACUUCUAGACACAGCUGUGCCGACAGUCUGUGCGAUUGUAACAGGGCUAGCGGGCAGUGCCAUUGCCUGCCUGGGGUAGAGGGUCAGCAGUGUGACCGCUGUGUGCCCAACACAUGGAACAUCAACAGUGGAAACGGAUGCCAACCCUGCAACUGCCACCCUGAACACUCCUACGGUUCAUCCUGUGACCUGCUGUCUGGUCAGUGUGCUUGCAAGGCCGGUUUUGGAGGCAGGACUUGCGAUGAGUGUAGAGACUUAUUCUGGGGCGAUCCUGAGGUCAAAUGCUACGCAUGUGACUGUGACCCAAGAGGCAUUGCCACCCAACAGUGUAAUAAGGUGUCUGGUGAGUGCGUGUGCACGGAGGGUAAGGCCGGGCGAAGGUGCGACUCCUGUGGGCGUGGCUACGUGGGGACCUUUCCCAAGUGUGAGCCGUGUCAUGAGUGUUUCCGUGAUUGGGAUAGAAAUGUGGGAGAGCUGGCCAAUCAAACACAGAGGCUGCUGGAGACAGUAGAGGAGAUGAAAGACACAGGCGCGGCGUCCCCUUAUCACGAUACCAUAACAAGUCUGGAUGAUGGUGUCAAACAGCUCAGAGAGAUACUGGAGGAUGAUAAGAUUCAUCAAACUCUGAAACACACGCAGAGUUUGCAUCAGCAAGCUAACGAGACAAUGCCACUUUUGCAUCGGUCUAUAGACCGAUCUAAUUCAGAUCUGAAAAAGAUAUCCGCUGAUCAUCAAAAGGCCAUAAAUAAUCUAAACAGUCUUACAGAGGAGGCCCAAAAUGUAGAGGAGAUCGCCAAAGACAAACAGCAACAGGUCCUGAACAUUAAACAUUCAGACCCCAAAGGUGCGAUGGACAGCAUCUUAGAAUAUUAUAGGAAGUCUUCAGAGGCAAAUGAUCAAGUCAAUCAAGCCACAACUGACCCAGACAGUCCAGUGAAAACGUCUGCACAGCUACGGGGUGCGGCAAAGGCCAAACUAGACGCAACGGAAAAAGAAUUUCAACUAAAACAUCUGCUGCAUGUACAGAAGUUGGAGAAAAUGACGUCUGAGCUGGACUCCAAAGAUCUUUCAGAGCUAAGCCAGCAGGUGUGCGGAGGUGCACCAGGUCCUGACGGUUGCAGUGUCUGUGGUGGUCUGGGCUGUGUGAACGAGGAUGGGGAGUCCCUGUGUGGAGGAGAAGGUUGUGAGACAUUAGUGACCCAAUCUACUGCUGCCUUGAACAGAGCCAAAAACACUGACCAAGAGAUCCUACACGCUUUAAGAGAAGUCGACAAGCUAAACAAAAUGGUGGCAGAUGCUAGGGAUCGUGCAGAUGAGGCCAAGCUCAGCGCUCAGGAUGUGAUACUGAGAGCCAAUCAGAGUAAAGCACGAGUGGAACAGACCAAUGACGAGCUCAGAGAUCUCAUUCAGCAAAUACGAGACUUCCUAACAAAUGAAACAGAUACGAAGCGUAUAGAGGAAGUAGCUAAUGAGGUGCUGAAACUGAGUUUGCCAGUGUCAUCCGGAGCACUGAGAAAUUUGACCACAGAGAUUCAGCAUCAUGUGGCCAGACUGACCAGUGUGGAUGAUAUCCUGACCGAGACCUCAGAGCAGGCACGGACUGCAGAAAAUCUACUGAAACAAGCACAGGCCGCCAGUGGGAGAGCCACAGCUCUGAAACUGAACACUGAUGAAAUAAAGGGAACUCUAGAAGAUACAGAGCGUGCUCAGAUAGCAGCCAAUGAAACACUGAAGGAAGUUGAGGAUGAUAUGAAUGUCACAAGACAAAAAAUCAAAGACGUACAAUCUAUAACCGAAGCCACUGAGUUCAAACUGAGCACCAGCACACAGAAAUUUUUGGAUCUCGAAAGAGAAGUGGGUGAACUUCAUCAGAAAACUCUAGAAAUGUCUAAGAGUGUGGAGGAUGUUCACAAAAAUUCUGAAUACAUUAAAGAAGAUGUUGACAGCACUGAACGGGAACUUGACUCACUUGUGCUGGAUAAGUAUGCACGGGUCAGUCUUCUCAUAGAUCAGAAUGGUGCGAGUGUUUUACACGCCCGUCAAAAGGCAGAGGAACUCAGACAGGAGGCAAAAGAUCUAUUAAUAGAUGCCACCAAGAAACUACAAAGACUACGAGAGCUAGAGAAAUCAUUUGAAAUAAACCAAAACACUAUCGUGGUAAAAGCUGGGGAACUCGAUGGACUGGAGAUUGAAGCCAAAGAACUACUGCAGGAUCUCAGUCAGAAGACUGCCCUCUAUAGCAACUGUGCUUAACAAUAUUUACCAAAAGUAUAUCACACUAUAACCGCUGAUCAAGGAUCAGCUGCAAACCUGUGGUCAAAUGCAUCUGUGUAAUGUCUAAGAUAAGCUACUUAUUGCUCUUGUUCAGUGCAUUUACUCCCCAAAUUAGUUAUUUUGGAAAACAAUGUGUUUAUUAAGAUCAUACAUUGCUAAUGACAUUUUUACCUUUUUUCAGAUAUGAUAAAGCUUGUAUUACAGCAAUAAUUAAAUCAAUGAAUUUGCCAAAGACA